AUGAAUGAACCUAUUAUCAGAAAUAAUAAAAAACAAAUCAUUGUUGUCAUUGGUGCUACAGCAAGUGGAAAAUCAACUGUUGCUCAUCAAAUUUGUAAAAAAUUAAAUGGAGAAAUAAUUAAUGCAGAUGUAAUGCAAUGUUAUAAAGGAAUUCCUAUUGCAACUAAUAAACCAAGUGAAGAAGAAAAAAAAGAAUUUCAUUACCACCUUAUUGAUUUUGUUUCUUCUGAAGUAAAUUAUACUGUUCAACAAUGGGUAAAUGAUGCUGACAAAACAAUUGAAACAAUUUGUUUAAAGAAUAAAGUACCAAUAAUUUGUGGAGGAACUUCAUAUUAUAUUGACGCAUUGCUUUUCAGACACCAAUCUGAAGAUUUGAUUAAAAUUAAUGAGUCAAAAACCCUUCCAUGGAAAGAAGAUGAGUGGUAUAACAAAUUAAAAGAAAUUGAUCCAAUAAUGGCAGAAAGAUUACAUCCAAAUGAUAUUACUAGAAUUAAAAAUGCAUUAAUAUAUUAUAUUCAAUAUAAUCAACCAAUUAGUAGUGUUUUUCUUAAGGAACAUAUUGAAAUGAAAUAUAAUCCUAUAAUUAUUUGGGUUGAUGCUGAUAUUAAAUUACUUUACCAAAGAGCAGAUAAAAGAGUAGAUGCAAUGGUUCAACAAGGAAUGAUAGAACAAAAUAUGAAAUUUAUUGAAGAACAUGAAAAAGAGUUAAAACAAUUAGAAUGGAAAUGGGGAAUUUGUAUGGCGAUUGGGUUUCAAGAAUUUAUUGAAUGUAAAGUAAAAGGAAUACCAAUAGAAAUUGCAAUUGAAAAUGUUAAAAUUCAUACAAAACAAUAUAUUAAGAAACAAAUUCGAUGGAUAAAUAAUAAAAUAAUAAAAACAAGAAAAUCUUCUAUUAUUCAUUUUAUUCAUCAUGAGAACGAUAUUCUCCAAUUAGAUUUAAUUUUUCAACAAAUUAAUGAACAAUUAAAUUCUAAUUACAAUUCAUUAAAUAUACUAAAUAAAGAAAAAGAAAUUAAAGAAGAAGAAAAAACAAAAUUAACUCAAUGGAAAAAGUAUUAUUGUGAAAUAUGUGGUAUUGUAUUAAAUGGAGAAAAAGAAUGGGAUAUUCAUUUAAUAUCUAAACGUCAUAAAUAUAAAUUAAAAAGAAUAAAAAAAAUAAAAGAAUAUAUCAAAUAA